AUGCGAAACUGUCACGUUCAGACAAUUCUUUCCGCCAUCUUGCCAAGACCGGACGUAAAUUUCGACAGAGAGUAUCUUCAAAUGCGGGAUAAAGGCAUAGUAGCGUUAGAUUGGGUCAUGAGCGCCCAACCUAAAAUCAAGAAAAGGAGCACAAUUCUGUUGAUUAUUCCCAGUAUAACAGCCGAUGCCUUGAGUGCCGGGGCACUAUGCCAUAGUGCUAAUCAAAGGGGAUUUAAGACGGUAGUGUUCAACCGACGCGGUCACGGAGGCAGCGUUCUGACCACACCUAAACUUCAGAGUCCCGGUGAUCCAUCCGAUCUAAGACAGGUUGUGAAAUACAUCAAAUUAAAAUAUCCUAAAUCCAAAAUAGCAGCAGUCGCUUACGGGACAGGUUGUGGACUUCUCAUAUCGUAUCUUGGAGAGUUUGGUUCGUCAUCAUUGGUAGCUGUUGGUGUAUGCAUAUCUCCGUGCUACGACGUUUCGGAACGUUUUUCUCAUGCUAUGUCUAGUAUUUAUGACUAUAUUUUCUUAUUUCGAUUAAAAGCAAUAUUAUGUAAUCAUUCAAAGGCCUUGUCAGAAGUUAUUGACAUGAACAAAGCAAUGCAAUCGGCUACAUUUCAAGAAUAUGACGCAUCCGUAUAUUGUAAACUUUACGGUUACGACAAUAUGGACGAAUUUUGGGAUCGGAAUAAUCCCAUUCGUGACGUUGACGAUAUCAGUGUUCCUGUGUUAUGUAUAAAUAGUUUGGAUGACCCUUUUAAUGCCGAAAGCGACAUUCCAUAUGACCUUUUCAAAUAUUAUCCUAAUUUCUUAUUGGUUGCUACCGAUCGUGGUGGACAUUGUGGAUUUUUGGAAGGAAUCCCGCAAAAGUAUUGGGCUGAUCACUUAUGCUUGGACUAUAUCGAUGCUGUUUUAGAAUUUACUAUCAAAGGUUACACUCAUAACAAUCGGGCCAUUGUAAGAUCCACUAUAUGA